AUGGAAUCCUCACAAGCUCCAUUUCACGCCCAACACUACCUGGGUGACAAUAAAAUCCAUGUGCUUCUUGCAGCCAGCGGGUCAGUUGCGACCAUCAAACUCCCCAAUAUUGCGGAAGCCCUUAGCCGCCAUUCCAACAUUUCUAUCCGCAUAAUCGUUACAAAAUCAGCGGCAGAAUUUCUAAAGGGGCAAAGUCACGAGCAACCAUUGCUCGAAAGUCUGCUCGAGCUUCCUGGUGUGGAUGCUAUUUACCGAGACGAGGAUGAGUGGAGGCACCCUUGGACUCGUGGCGAGCCAAUCCUACAUAUAGAACUAAGAAAAUGGGCACACCUCUUACUCAUCGCACCUUUAUCCGCCAAUACCAUGGCCAAGAUGACCAUGGGUAUCUCCGAUAACCUUCUUCUUUCGGUCCUGAGAGCAUGGGACACGACGGGAAUGGUAGAUGUCGGUUUCAAGGAGAAGAAGCCCCUUGUAUUUGUCGCUCCUGCCAUGAAUACAGCAAUGUGGAAGCAUCCAAUAACCGAGAAGCAACUGGCUAUACUAAAAGGUGAAUGGGGCGUGAACUCUAGCAAUACUGAGGGCUGGGUUUCCGUACUUCACCCGAUAGAGAAAGAUCUUGCUUGCGGCGAUACAGGCGUCGGCGGCAUGAUGGAAUGGAGAUCGAUAGUCGGUAAGGUGGAGCAGUACCUGGGUAUUGGCAAGGACGAUGAACAAUAA